GGAUUUUCCCUUAUAAAAAAGGAAAUUGAGUUCCGACCGCUCAAUGAACAGCAUUAUACGGAGAACCCGCUGUGCAGUGUUUUUCAGCUGCUGCACAUUUGACCUCUCUGCGCCUGAACUCUUAAAGCUGCUGAGAGGAAGUGAUUACCAAAGUGGUUGAGGCUUCUGUGGGUGCAGGCGUUUCUCCACACUCUGGACAGGCUACUGAUCAUCUAAAGAUUCAGAUUAAAAUGUGUUGAGAGCAUGGCAGGUCUCGCUACAAGCAGAUGUGUUGUCACAAAUAGUCAAAAACCUGUAUCCAUCUUUCUUCAAUCUGCACGCUCGUAUUUUAGAGCAUCUUUAAUAAGACACAUGCUUGUGAGCUCAGGCACCCGCUGACAGAAAAGCCUCCUCAAACAGCAGGUUCCCUGCUUCCCUGCCAGCCCACUCCAAGCUUCAUGGGUUGAACCACAAGAAGUUCGACAAGCUCCUCUUCAUUCUCUCCUCCUCUUCAUCUUCCGCACAACCCCUCAACCCCACCCUCCAUCCUACAACCCUGCGCUGUCUUUUCCCUUUGCCAGUACUACCACCAGUGUAAUGGCUUGUUGUGCCUCAGGCUUAUUUGGACUUGCAACCGCAGCAUCACCCUCCACUACACAGACUCGUGGAUGCAGCAGCCACUAGAGUGAAAGAUCCAGAGAGACAGAGGGGAGGAAAGGGAGAGGCAGACAGACAGAGAGAGAGCAUUGCCACAGGAGAGAGGAGGGAUCAUCUGUCCAAGCAGCAGAGGGAUCCACCUGACCCAGAGAGGAAGGGGGCCCCCCCACCUGAUCCGUCUGGUUGCAGGGGGGGACCCUGCGUGGCCGGGAAGGCAACAGGGACUAUGCAGCUGGGACUGGUGGCGCUGGCAAUGGUCUUCCUCAGCUCCAUGGGUCACAGUGAUGCUCUCAAGCUCUCCAAGGCGAGAAGGCAGAGACGGGUUAGUACUGAGGGGCCACCAUCUUGCCCCAAAGGCUGUGACCGAUGCUCUGAGUAUAACGGCUGCAUUAAAUGCAGGCCCAAGCUCUUCAUCUUCCUGGAGCGCAAUGACAUCCGUCAGAUAGGCGUGUGCCUCGCCUCCUGCCCCAUGGGAUACUUUGGCAUGAGGAACCCGGAGGGCAACAACAGAUGUACCCAAUGUAAAAUAGACAAUUGUGAAGCGUGUUUCAAUCGCAAUUUUUGCACAAAAUGUAAGGAGGGCUUGUAUUCACACAGUGGGCGAUGUUAUGUCAGCUGCCCUCCAGGCCAGCGCACCGCCAACGAGACCAUGGAGUGUGUCGGCCAGCGUCCUGCAGAGUGCGAACUGGGCGAGUGGAGCCAAUGGGGUUCCUGUAUGAAGAAGAACAAAACAUGUGGAUUUAAAAAAGGCUCCCAGUCUCGGGUUCGCGAGCCCCUCCUGCAGGUCGACACUGCAGACACCUCCCCGGCCUCUGUGCCCUCACAGACUUGUGGUCCACAGACAGAGAGGAGGAGGUGUAUUGUAGCCAAGAUGCCCUGUGUUAGAGAGAGGAAGACUAAGGGAGACCAAUCAGAUGAUACAAACAGGGAAGAGAGGGAGAAUGCUCGUGGGCGAGGACGAGAAGGCAAAGAUGGCAGUAAAGGAGGAGGAGGUGGAGGAGGAGGGGGGAAGAGGCGAAAAGGCCAGAGCAGGACCACUGCUGCUCCCAGCAUCACAACCAGCUCUGUCAGCUAAACUCCAUCGCCUGCUGGAUGAGGCUGAGAGAAAAACAGAGACAAUGCCUCACCCAGCGGCACCAGACAAAGAUCGAAGUGAUGAAGGAUUAGUGCUGCUAUGCAUUGUAGAAGAUGCAAAGAGAACUGGAGGAUUGCUGCAACACAAAAGGCAAAUCUUGGCUUUUUGAAAAGAUGAACAUAUCUGGAAGAUACUGGUGUUGAUUUUCAUUCCACCGUGAGGGAUCACUGUUGGACUGCGAAGCCACGUCGAAUAUUGUGGUUCAUGUCAUGACCCCGAUCAGUGUCACUUCUUGAACUGAGAGCAAAUUCCUGUGUUUCAAAUGCAGCAUUCAAGCUGGAAGGCUGAUAAUGAAUGAAGGGUCUCUCUGGUCUAAUAAUGUACUUUGUUGCAGUCUGAUUUUAAUCACAAUCUGUUCUUCAUUUGUUCUUAUGUUUGUGAGAGGUGGCAGAUGGAUUUUCUCAACGGCCGCUGAACGUGAUGUAAAGACAAUGAAGAGUAUCAAGUCUGUGUACCUUUAUUUUCUAUUGUGAGAUCAAACAAAAAGAAAGGCACUGGAAGUCAUUUGUGGUUGUUGAGGACAGAAGGUCCACGUUACAGUAUAUUAUUUCGAGGAGGGAAUCUAUUACAAAAACAAGCCUAAGAGAAGAUGUAGGAGGAUAAGUGGGAGCUAAGCUCACAUCCUUCUCCGGUGUCUUGACACAAACUUUCGCCAUUUGAUAGCUUAGCUGUUUGUUCCGAAUUAAAUGUUGGUGUUUGGAUCAGAAAAUAACUCUGCACAGAAAACAAGGAAUAGAAACACAAGUAUUUGCAUGUGUGCCUUCGUGCAUGCAAACAUGUGAGUGUGUGUGCGUGUGUUUGUCUCUACCUAAAAUCUGGGUGUUUGUGUACUUUGUAUGCAUUUCUGCACGGAAUCCAGUGGUUUGUCAAUGGAACUUAGUUGUUUGUACAUGUGUGUUUACGUUUGCACAUAUGUGUACAUAUUGGUCUCAUAGAUUGACGGAACAGGCUCUGGAAAACAAGAGGAAGGAAAUGUAAAUGCACAGUUUUAUAUCAAGUAUGCAGUAACUACAAGCCACUGAUUAUCAUUUAAGCCAUCAAAUCAUCAGCUGCUCAGUAAUCACGUCUGUUUGCAACAGGGUCUGAAGAUUUUGCACAAUUAUAAUGUUUCCUACUGCUCAAGUUUCAGAACAAUCAUAGCAUUUUAUACAUUUAUACUCCAAAAGCUUCAUGACAUUGCAGAUACGGAGAUUUUUUUUUUUCCUAGAAUGUUUCCAUGGGUCUGUUUGCUUUACACAAGAUAUUAAUUUCAGGAGAAGUUACACACUACAUUAUUCAUUCAUACUAUGGAUCAUGAUACUGAAUAUGUCAUACUGUGUUUAUUAUCAAACAUACAAAGUAUUAGAAUCAUCAUGUAUAGCUUAUUCUGUGAAAGCCUAAAUAAAGUUCAGAUGAAGCCCA